AGUUCUACUGAAAAGAAGUUGAAGUGUGACAGUCUGCAGCCAGCAAAAGCUUAAAAAUUGUGACCAAACAAGAUCCUUAAUGAGACAUUUGAGAGCACUGUUUGUGUAAUACAGCCUUGGUAUUAGGACUUGGAUUGUAGAUUGAGGUAAAAGCAAAAAUGCCACGAGUGUUCCUAGUUAAAAACAUGAGGAAAAGAAACUGGGGUCUGCUCUCAGAUUCUACACAAGGGGAUAUAUACAUACCAGUUUCUCUUUUUCCUCCCUGUUAUGGGCAGGAGGGGUGUGAGGCCAGCACUGCAGAGCUUCCCCUCUCUCCCUGCAUGCCACAGAAUGGAGACAUGCACAUACAGCCUCACUCUAGUGGCCUGACUGUCCAGCUGCAGGAGCCUGGCUCACAGUGCUAUAUGAGGACACACAGGCCUCCUUAUAGCCGCUCCAAGAUUAAGAUAACCACAGGUGAAAUGUCAACGCAAGAAUCUACCACAAGGUUACCAACUUCUAUUACACCAUCUUGUCCGAUAUGCCAUAAGACGUUCAGUAACACACAAAUGGUAAAACGUCAUCUGAAGAUUCACAGCGACUUUAAGAGGUACUCCUGUGAAUUCUGUGGGAAAGGCUUCAAUGACACUUUUGACCUCAAGAGGCAUGUGCGCACCCAUACAGGUGUGCGGCCCUUUAAGUGCUCUGUGUGUGAUAAGGCCUUCACUCAGCGCUGUUCUCUAGAGACUCACUUGAAAAAGAUUCAUGGUGUCUCUCCACAAUACGCUUUCAAGGAACGCAGGAACAAGCUGUAUGUGUGUGAAGAGUGCGGCCUGACUGCUCACACACAAGACAGCCUUCUUACUCACCUCCAGGCCAAACACCCCAGCAGCAGAACAUCCAAAGCCAAGAGAAGACAAAAGCAGCCACCCAGCCAGGAAGGAAGCACAUCCCCCAGGUCACCUCACUCCCAGAAUAAUGUGGUUUCUGUUGUCUGAGAUCAGUGUUGUUGAAAUCAUCAAUUUAUGCUAAUUACUAUGAUAAACAUAAUCCAGAGUCUUUCUUUAUCUGCUGUUAUAUUUUCUUUGGUGCACUUGUAGACUAAUAAGAAUUCCAAGCAAUGCUAGAUUACUUUUAAAGCUUUGUAGGUUCCAUAUUUGAUGGUUCAUAUUUGAUGUUUCUAUGGAAUAUAAUUUUGUUUAUCAGUA